AGAAAUAUAAUAACGAAUAAGUUUGUUUCAAAAAGGAAAAAAAAAAGAUAUCAAAGUAGCUGUGAACAUGGCUUUGUCUUUAUUUAUUAUUAUCAGUUGGUUCGUAUGUAUAGUUACAUGUUAUUAUGUAAUUCGUCCGAUUUCGAUUUAUUUUAACAAGUUUUUUAUGUAUAUUAUUAAGUUAUAUCACUUGUCAAAAUCUUCCUCGAUUUGAUUCAUUGGCAACAUUAACAAUUGUAAUAUGUUGGUUAAUGUCAAUUCGUUUAAUUUCUUUGACAUCAUUUUCAACAAAAACAUUCUUAAAAUUUCAAUCAUUUUUAUUGAAAACUCUUUGGCUAUGUUUUCCAAUUUUACCUAGAAAAACAGCACAAAAUCAAUGGCCUAUAAUAUUUACUAUAAUAUUAAUCAUAAUUAAAUUAUUAAUAAAUCAUUGGAUAUAUCGAUGGUUUCUGAAAUGUGAAAUGGGAGUUAGUUAUCAAAGAAUUUUUAUGUUUUAUAUAGCUUUAAUAACAAUAUUUUCAUCAUUACGAGAAUUUUGGGGUCGAAGAUACAAUCGAGUUGUUCAUACAGUUCUAAAAGAAUCAAUCUUUGAACCAAUUCGAUUAGAAUUUUCAUCUUCAACCAUUGGAGCAUUGAUAACAUUUAUUAUAAACGGUCUUGUUCAUGCUCAUAUAUGCCUUGUUACUUUUGGUGGUAAAUUAUUAUUUCCAACCUUUAUAUUUUUCCUUUUACAUGGUAUUGCUUGUUCUAUUGAAACAAAAAUGAAAAUUCAACUUCCUAAAUAUGUCGGAUUGAUAAUAACAUUUAUAUUUCUUCUUAUUACAUCACCACUCGUAGUUAAACCAUUUAUAGAUAAAGGAUCUCCAUUUAUAAUGCUUAAUCCUCCACCAUUUAUCAACGUUGGAUGGAUACCAAAAUUACCUCUACCUAAUUUUUGUCCAUGA